AUGGGCUCGAGCCAAUACCUCCAUCUCCGGGGCCCGGGGGUUGAACGAGGUGCCAAGGCUGUUGAGCACACUUCCAAGGCAAGCAGUCUGCAAGCUACCAACCACACGCACAUGAACGUGGAGGAGGCGGACGGGUGGAGCGAUGUUCCGAGUGACGACAGUGCGGAAUCUCACAAGGAUGGAUCGGGUGCGAGCACAGAUGAAUCCCAAGGUAUCUGCAAUUGGAUCGGCAGCACGGUUCGAGACACCGCGGGCUGGAUGUGGCGGGGCCCCGGGAAGACCGCCGUGGCGCUCACCACCCUGGCCGCAGUGACCGGGAUGGCAACUGGCUUGAUCGACCAGUCGGAUCCUACUCGAGGCGUGCUCGGGCGUGACUUUCAGACUUGGAUCGACGACAUCAACGGUUCGACAGCCGCUGCGACCGAAGGCCUAGGUGCGAUCGAAGGCGCGACUGAAGCUGCGACUGAGUCGGCAGCUGCGACUGCAGCACAAUGGACCGGUACUCAGAUCAGUCUGGGUAAGCUGCUCGGUACGAUCGACCCUGUAUCGCCCGAGAAGGCGGUAUGGUUGGUGGAAGCGGCAGUGACAAAGUGCAUCAAGACACCCCCCGACCUGAGAACCUUCUAUCAGAAAGAGGUCUGUGAUAUGGCGGAGCCAUUGGGCUACGAUCCCUGGUGGGACUUCGUGGCGUAUCCGCGGGUUGAAACCGAGUACACUGGGCCGUGA